UCAUAGUUUAUAAUAUAAUUUUGAAACAUCUUUCUGAACGUUUUUAAAAUUGAGUUAGAUUUUAAACUUCUAAUUAACGUUUUAAUUUCUCAUUAUUAAUUUUAACAUUAUUAUUCUUUUGUUUACGAAGAAAAAGAAAAAGACACCGUGUAGGACAAAUAUGGGUGGUAUGGUGGUGAACGAGGCAAGGAGACGAUGAGAUGCUCUCACGCCAACAACGCUCUCUUCAACGCUUUGAAACCCAAACCCCACAAUUCAAAGAACCUUCUCAUUCCCACUUCAUUUGGACUCUCUUCAACGCUCAUCAACGAAGCUGGUAAGAAGAAGAACGCAUACGAUGCAUUGCUAUUGGAUGCUGGAGGCACUCUUUUGCAAUUGGCCAAGCCAGUUGAGCACACUUACGCCGAUAUUGCAACCAAAUACGGUUUGAAUUUGAAUCCAGUUGAGAUAAAGCAAGGAUUUAAGAGAGCAUUUGCUGCACCCUGGCCCCAUAACUUACGUUACAAGGGAGAUGGGAGGCCAUUUUGGAGACUUGUAGUUUCUGAAGCCACUGGUUGUAGAGAUGAAGAUUAUUUUGAGGAAGUUUAUGAGUACUAUGCAAAAGGUGAUGCAUGGCAUCUUCCAGACGGAGCUUAUGAAACAAUAACUCUUCUCAAAGACGCAGGAGUUAAAAUGGCUGUUGUAUCCAAUUUUGACUCCCGCUUAAGGAAGCUAUUGAAGGAUCUCAAUGUUUUAAAUCUGUUUGAUGCUGUCAUUGUAUCAUCAGAGGUUGGAUAUGAAAAACCAGACCCAAGAAUAUUUCAAGCUGCUCUAGAUCAGGUAAAUGUAGAGGCUUGCAAAGCCUUACACAUUGGAGACGAUCAAAAGGCAGAUAAACUGGGGGCCAAUGCUGUGGGUAUAGAUUGCUGGUUGUGGGGGAUUGAUGUGAAGACAUUUUAUGAUAUACAAAUCCGCUUCCUCAAUUAAGAGGCAUAAUUCACUUGUGAGCUUCGAUCAAUAGGUCAAUCCUUGAUAUGUAUACUUUUUUCUCAUUUGAGCGAUUCCUCUAAAAUGUUGUUUGUUGCUCCGAUUUGUCAUGCUGAAAUCAAGCAUUUAAUUAGGUAGAUAAAUACAUUGGGACAUUGUAAAGCAAACUCCAACGUAACCCGUUCUGAUAGCUUAUGACUAGAAAUCGUGUUUUUAAAGCUUCUAAAAAGCCAUUGAAGUAGUUGAACAUUAAGGAGAGAACUAUCCAUCACUUUUUCACAUUGCCC